AACUAGGCCUCAAAUUGGUUGGAUCCCAUGCAUUAAAGUGGGUGGAGCUGCGCCAAGAGCAGGCAUUCCCAGUGCGCCAUUACAGCCACUGCUAUUUCUCUUUCUCUCGGCCUCUCCCGAGUUGAUGAGUCUGGUUCAAGCUUUCCUACCACUUUCGCCAUCAACAUUCGUCUUUUCUCGUCAUGCCGUUCACAUUGGUUGAGGUAGCUUCGGCUACCGACUUUCUCGACGUCAUGGAAUGCCUGUGGAUCUCCUACGAGAAUCCUGCCCAAAGCUUCUUCCGCAUGUUUUGUCCCAUCCGCGGUGACGGACCUUCAGCCCGUAUUGAUUCUCUCAGGGAGUCUGCCAGCCGCAUGUGGGGGGAGCACGAAUCGGAUCCAGCGAGCUACUGGCGCAAGGUUGUUGAUGACAACGGCACGAUUGUAGGAGCUUGCCUGUGGAAGAUUUACCCAGCCAACCCGUUUGAGAAGCCCGAUGACCAUUCCGAGAUUUACUGGUAUCCGGAAGGGGAGGCGCGCGAGUACGUCAGCAAGUGCUUAGAGGCAAUGGAGGCGCCAAGGGAGAGGAUGGGGGCGAGGCCGCAGGUUUUCCUUAACAUCAUCUUCACACACCCCGACUACCGGCGCCAAGGUGUGGCGGAUAUGAUGUUGACAUGGGGGAAGCGAAAAGCCGAUGAGAUGGGCGUCGAGAUGUGGCUGGACGCCACCGAAUAUGGCGUUCCAGUUUACAAGAAACAUGGUUUCGUUGUCGUCAACGAGAACAAACUGCAACCCACCAAAGAGACCCCGGGAGAGGCGUGGAAGAAGAUUGAGCAGGAGCUGCAGCCCAUCACCUUUUGGGAUAUGUGGCGGCCUAUCGGCGGGCACUACGAGGAGGGAAAGACUGUGAAGCCUUGGGAGUGAGCAGUACAUUAGUGUGUCGUCAGAAUUCAUUAACAUGUACAGUUCGUAUGUGGUCUUU